AUGUCUGUGGGCGAUCGCGUAAUUACCACUGAAGGUUUCUUUGGUACUAUACGGUACGUUGGAACGGUUCCUGCGUGGGGCCAGACUGUAGCGUUCGGAAUAGAAUGGGACCAAGCUGAACGAGGGAAGAACGACGGAACUUUGCAGGGAGUCAGGUACUUCCAGACAAAGAAGCCCACCUCCGGGUCAUUCUUAAAGAGUAGUAGCAAUAAGCUCGAUCACAGCAGAUCGACGUUUGUCUCUGCAAUGCAUUAUCUGUACGGUUCCAGUGAGAUACAGAAGGAGAUCUCAUUUGGAACCAAAACGACGCAGAGCUUGGGGUUUGAGAAGUUGAGCAAGAUGCAAUCGAACUUUAGCAAUUUGAGAGUGGUAUCCUUGCAAAGAUGUAACAUAUCUCUCGCAGCGACAACCAGAGAAGAAUUGGAGGUUCAGCUCGCUCAACUUCAACAUCUUACUACUUUGGAUCUUGGGUAUAAUUUGUUUAGCGAUAUCCAACAAGUUUGGCAAAUUGUGGACCAAUUGAAGGGUUUAGAGGAGUUGACAUUGAACGGAAAUAAGUUUACUGGAACAGAGAUAGAGAAGAAUGAAGCGAGUUCACCCAUUACUUGUCUAAACUUGAGGGCAUUGCAUCUCAUUGACACAGGAUUGAGUCUUGUGCAAGUUGGUGAAAUGCUCAAGAAAUUCCCUAACCUUCAGGUAUUGACACUAAGUUCGAAUGGCUAUCGCGACGAGGAUAUAGUCUUAAGCAUGUUUCCCUCAUCGUUAAGGUCGCUAGACCUUUCAUUCAACGAGUUGACCAAGAUUCCCGACUUUCAUCAUCUAACUACAGUAAACCUUUCGAACAACCGAAUCAAGUAUUGUUCCGUACCUCACAACGCUAGCCAAGUAAAAGGGCUAGAUUUAAGGUACAAUGAGAUAGAUUCUUGGGAUGAGAUAGACCAUGUGUAUCUAUCUUUCACCAAUUUGCUGGAAAUACGAAUCAAUGGAAACCCCAUACUCCAGGACUUGUCGAUAGAUGAUAUGACAAUCAACUUAAUUGCGAGAUUGGAUUGCACUCAUGAAAGAAGCGGUACUGGCAUAGCCAAAUUGAACGGGACUUACCUCAGCAAAGAUGAAAUAGCCAAUUCUGAGCUCUAUUUCAUAUCAAUGGUGCAAAAAGGAACGUACAGGUACAAUUUACUGAGCAAAAGAUGGAAGCAGUUGACAAGAAAGCACAACAUGAAACAAGAAACUGUAGUUAGGGAUGUAGAGGAGAUCACUAAGCUACAGUCAAAGAUUCUCAAUCUACAAGUGGUUAUUGAAGACAAAAUAAUACAGAGAACCUUUCUAAAAACCAACACCGUUUUGAAAAUCAAAGGGAUAAUCGGAAGGUUGAUCAAAAUUCCAGUGAUCAACAUUCGGCUCAAGUACUUCAUCACGGAAGCAGAAGACGAGGGUCAAAUGGAAAAGAUCAUGGACGAUAACUUUGCGAUAAUUGAUACUUACGACUUGGAGAAAGGUCAAAAGAUAUAUAUUGAAAUAGUUUGA